AUGAACGUGAAUGGCAAUGAUAAUGGUGUAGAUGAUGAUUUAACGGUGUCGCAAGGUUGUUAUCUGUUGGAAGAAGCACAUAAAUGUAUUAUGGAAGCCCUCAGUCUAUUAUCAGGACCAGAUAAGGACUCCGAAUUGGCGUUAGAUAGACAUACCUUCCGAUUAGCUGUUCAUGCACUUCGACGCGGUGUACUCGCUGUACAUGUUAUUGAGUUAUUUCCAAGUGGCCUUUUUGAAGAAUUGGCCCGUGCGGAGCAUGAAAAAGCUAAGGGAAAAGUAUCUACUGAGUUUAUGCGAUGUGAUGCGUGUGAUUGUGGACAUGUAUAUGUUAGUGAUGACGAUUCGGAUUCUGAUUCUGAUAAUAUGAAAACAAAUCAUAUAAAGCGACAGACUGUAAAUGUGGUUGACGGACUGAGACGCCAUUUAGUCGGUAUUACGUUGAUGUGUUACUCUAUUUUGCUUUUGUACUAUAUAGUUCACACCAAACGUGAAGAAUCUAAUUUUAUCCUUGCACUGGAUUAUUGUAACCACGUUUUAUCGUUCGUUCCUGGCACUGGCACUUCGUUGUUUGAUAGAGAAUUAGCGCUUUUACAUGCACGUCAUCUCAUGGAAAAUUGUAGAUACGAUGAGUCUGAAAUUGACCGAACAGUAAAUAUUUGUUUGAUGUUGUUUGAAGAAGAGCGAAAACGGGAAUUGCGCGACGCUGGGCGAAUACAUUAUUUACAAAUCGUUCAUGCACCUUGUAAGGACAAAGUGGCGUUCGGUGGAUAG